GCUAUGGCGUCCAGCGGGCGGGCGGGCAAGGGCGCGACGGGGGUGGAGGUCGGCGGCGAUCGAUGCCGUGCCAAUGCGAAUGCCGCGCGCUCUCGGCCGCGGCGCCGCAGAUCCAGCGCGCGAUUCCACCAGGUUUGAGGUAGUCUGCCGUGCGUGAUCCGGAGGGGGUUUUAGAGCUCCGCGGAGGUAGCAUUCUUGGCUCCUGGGGCUCGACGAUGGCUAGCGGUAGCAGCGAUAGUUGGAAAUCCAUGCAGGGAAAGGGAACGUGAAGUUCUUUAUCAAAAUCACUGGGGAUGGGGGAAAACCUUGCCAAAUCUUCGUGUUGGUGGACACACAUUCGCGCAGCGACGCUGUAGAAGAGAAGAUCGUCGUCAUCGAGCUCUUGGGAUUUUUGUAUGCGAAUUCAAGCGAGCGAAAGGGACAUGGGUGACCAAUUUCCGGCCGGAUUGCGGGUGUUGGUUGUGGAUGACGACAGAACUUGCCUAGCAAUUCUUAAGAAGAUGCUGCUUCGUUGCGCCUACGAUGUGACCACUUGCGGCAUGGCACGCCUGGCACUUGCGAUGCUUAGAGAAAACAAGGAGCGCUUCGAUGUGGUACUUAGUGAUGUCUGCAUGCCGGACAUGGACGGGUUCAAGCUUCUUGAGCUUGUUGGGCUUGAGAUGGAUCUUCCGGUCAUAAUGAUGUCUGCGAAUGGCGAGACGAGCCUCGUCAUGAAAGGGAUUAUACAUGGUGCGUGCGAUUACCUUCUCAAACCAAUCCGGAUCAAAGAGCUCAAAAACAUCUGGCAACAUGUCUUUCGGAGGAAGAGGAACAUCCUCAAGGACGCUGACGGUGCCGACCAUGACAGACAGAAGCGCAAGCCUGACGAGGGAGAUUCGAUGCCAGCGGCAGGAUCUGCUGCAGCGGCAGGCUCUAAGAAGCGGAAAGAAAUAAAAGAAGAUGACGACGAGUUUGAGCUCGACAUGGACGACUCGAACACGCUUAAAAAGCCAAGGGUGGUCUGGUCCGUGGAGUUGCAUCAACAGUUCGUUACGGCUGUCAAUCAACUAGGAAUAGACAAAGCUGUGCCUAAGAGGAUCUUGGAACUGAUGAAUGUUCAAGGCCUGACGAGGGAGAAUGUUGCUAGCCAUCUCCAGAAGUACAGACUCUAUUUGAAGCGGCUGAGCGUGGCACAACAGCAAAAUGCCGUCACAAUGAGCAUGCCGCUCGGCUCGGACCCGUCUUACAACGCAAUCGACAACUUGCAACCUCAUCCCAUCAUCACGCCAGGAUCUUCUCAAGCUCUGGCGGCUCUUCGCUCCGUCUACCUCCGGACGCUUUGCUCGUCCAAUGAUCCCGCAGCGACAAACGGUGUUGUCGAUCCACCAGUCCUCGUCGUCCGGCCCCGCAGCAUCCCACCAAACAACCAAAGAGGCCUUUUGCUGGGUGUCGGUGAUAUGGAGCAGCUCCAACAAUCACAGGUUCCACAGAUGAGACCCGUGCAAGAAGGAAUCCUCGCGACUUCGGCUUCGCAGUCCAAUCCUUUGACAGAGCAAAUAAUUCAGCAACAGCAACAGCAGCACACACAGAUACAACUUCUGCAGCCUUACAACCAAAAGCAAGACAGCUACAUAGACUAUUCACAUUACAGCAAAGACACUGGCGACAUCGGCACGCGAGGCACCACCUUGGACGAUGGUAUCAUCGGCAGGGGCUUCGGUGGAAGCAUUGUCGCGUCUGCAACAGGGGACGGGAUCUCGGUUUUGAUGAACAGCGGUUUGGCAAAGCCAAACAUUCCAGGCAUGAACACUGGCAUAGUUAAGUGCGAGGAGGCCGACUCUCUAGGCAGCUGGGAGGGAGGCUCGUCGGCAGCAUUUGGGAUAGCAAGCCAAAUAAGCUGGCAGGGACAGCAGCAGCAGCAGCAGCAGCAGCAAGAGCAGCAGGGAUCGCAAGAGUUCAUCCACGACACUCUAGUUCCAUACGGCAGCUCGGGGACUGGGGAUUGUCACGAGUAUCUGGGAAUGAUGAAUUGCCCCCGGAUUAUCUCAAACAGCUCUGGCUCUUACAAAGUGAAGCAGGAGGAAUACGACUCCGCGCCGAAUCAGUUCCCGCAAGCGCACCACGCGCAGGAUGAGCUAGUCGGCUUACAACCCUACAAACAGGAGCAAGAGCAUGGUUUUUUUGAGAACGACUUGUGCCUGGACGGAUAUAUCCCAGGAAGCAACUUAUAUGUGAAAUAACAUCACAAUCGUUUUACUUGCCUUGAGGUA